AUGCCGAGCAAAUACUCACACAGUGUUGUGCUAGCAAAUUACUCCAGCCAAGGCAUCAUCGCUUUCCCAGCUAACCAGCAAUCUGAUGGUAUUGCUGGCGCACAUCGGACUCCACAGAGUGACAAGCCAAAAUCAGUAACAGGAUAUGUGCCGAGGUCAAUCUCUUCCCCAAGAGAGCGACCAGCGACCGUCGCUUCAAACUACACCGACCGGAGCUCGUCACGCCAGAAUGCUUUAAACGAGAACACUCAAGCAAGGCCGUUGAGCCAGGGUCGCCGCUCUCGCGUGCAAACUCGUACUCCCACAGCUGAUACGGUAAAUGGGCAAUUACAGAAGGACGAUGCUUCAAAUCACGACCAGCCGCCAAAUCAAAACUCGGCGAAGGGAAACCGAUCAUCUGGUGCUCGACUCACAUCACCAUAUGAUCCCUCUCCUCAUCAUCCACGACCGGUUCAUGCUGGCGAACCUCCUCUCUCGAGCAACAAACCCGGCCAAGUCCGAAAUGGGAUUCAGCCACAGAAGCGAACUACGGCGUAUGCAGCGCAAACUGUGCAACCACGUUCAGGGACGGUGCUUCCUGCGGGCACGCGACCUCCAGCAGUAUCUCUCAAACGAACUGCGUCCAGAGCAUCACCCAACAGUCAUAGCGAGGCACUAUUAUCUUUACAGCAAUUCCUCGAUUCUUCAGCGCGUUUGACGAAGAUUGCUGAUGUACCAAAGCCUCGGGCGCAGACCCCAAACCAACGAUCACCGCCCAAACAGUUACUUGCAUCACCAGAACUCUCCUCUGAAGUCGUCAAGCCGACUUCCGCGGGCCGAAAGAAUGGAACGAGUUUCAUUGACUCUUCGGAUGAAGAUGAUCAUGUCGACAACACGCCCGGGACCUCGGUACGAAGUGCGAAGACGGUGCCAAAACCCAUUCCUAAAGCUAGACCACCCACAAAGCAGAUUACGCAGCACUUUGAGAAAGACUCAGCCUCUGAAGGGAAAAAACGACUUGAUCUAACCAAAAGUCCUCCACCCUCUCCGGUUAGAGAUGGAUCUUCGGUCGAUGAGCUUCAACCUCCACCAAAGUCUCCACUCAGGGCUUUCAGGGCUGUCCACAAGCAUACCAGGCAAGCUUCCGAUGAUUUUGAUGAUCCUUUCGGGCCACUUCCAUUGCAGAAGCAUUCCCCACUUCAGCGCACUAGUUCCAAUGACAAAAGAAGGUCUUUAGGAUUACCCUAUCCCUCACAACGCGAUGCGAACGCUGGGCCAUCACUUUUCUACGGGCGCCCUUCGAGCAAAUCAGCCGAGUCACUACCUCUUCAGGCACGUAACAAGGGUUCAGAGCUCCAUUUCUCCAACCUUGCGGGCAGCGGAGAUGAUGAUCGAGAGCACGAAGUUGAUACCCAAUCAAUGUCCCACAUUCAUGUGCAUAGGAGAUACUACCGAACUGUGGAUAACGACAUUCCCAACGAUGAAUCGCGACCUAAUAUAAUAACAGCAAAUUCAUGGAAUGCCCGGCGUGCUGCUGCCAGGACACCGACACCCGUACCGUGGCAGUCGCCUGCCCGAGAGGCUGCUGUUGAAGAAUUCAUGACUCAACAAGACGAAGAAGAGCCAGGUGAAUUUUCAGAGCCAGAGCCAAACAUUUUGACCAAUGCGACGCUUCAUGUCUCGAGAAGUCCUGCUCCCCAAAUACCCAGCUUUGGUGUGCCAUCGAUCGUCCGAAGUCCCGAAGUAAGCCCAGCAGCCCAGAAGCAGCAAUAUCAGCAUGUCGGAGGACGGGAAACAGGGACCAAAUCACCUCGAAUGCCUGGCCCGCGGUCACUCCAAAGACACAAGCAAUCACGAUCCCAACACCCACCGUUGUCACGCAUCAUAGAGGCGAGACCCCAGGAUGAGUCGUCAGCUCCUCCAGCAUGGAAAUUGCCUACGGUCCAGGCAAGUGAACCUGGUGUCUUUGGCGCCGAGAUCUUCAUGCGCCUCUCGAGCGAGUACGAUACUGGCACGGAGUCGGAAAUGGAAAGAACGAGCGACGGCGCGACGUUCGCAGCAUCCCACCGGCGGAAUCAAGACAAUUUCACGACUGAUUUCACCACCAUCCCGAUUGAAGAGGUGGUUACCCCUGGGACCGACCUUCGAUCUCCCGCGAAAUCAGUCCCACGCAGUACCACCGGCAAAAGAAAUCUUGGCUCAGCGACAUCUCUUCCCACUACGCGAGCAGAAGUUACUCGACCACGCACCCGUCAGGGCCUCGCCGACCUCCAAGACGACGAUUUAUUCGAUGACGACGACGAGGAAGACUACGAACACAUCUCCGCCGACGCACCCCCGGACAUCACGCGCCAUCGCCGCGUCCGUGUCGACAGUGGCACCGAUCAAGAUGGCCUACAGUCUCUAAUCCACGCGCUGCGGGCGGGACCGAGUCUGAAGCUCGCGUCACCUGCCAGAACUGCGGCGAAGCAACAACUUACGAGCAUCGACAGAUUUGAGGAGAUGAUACGUCGCGCAGAUGAGGCAGAGACGAGGCGCCGCCAGAGCAAGAAUAAGGUGGGCGCUGUGUUUGGCCGGUUCUUGAGGCGUUGA